CUCUCCCCACCUUCAAAGCCUCAUUAAGGUCGCAUCUCCUCCAAGAGGCCUUCUCCGAAUAAGCCCUCUUUUCCCGGACUCCCCCUCCUUCUGCGUCGUCUCUGCGCUUGGAUCUGGAAGGGAGGCGGUUCGGAGCCUGGCCCGGCCCUCCCUGCAGCCAGCUGGAGGAUUGGCGGGACUUGUGGCAUCGGGUGCCACCCUCGCCCCCGGCUGCCUCCUUGGCAAAAUCUCCGAUCUGUGGGAGGACAGGAAGAGCCUAGGGCCGCAGGGGCCUCCCUUUGAGGAACGGGGGGCCCAAGUUUAUCGGGCAGACGCCGUUGCGGGUGACUGCGUGAAGCAGGCCGCCGCGGGGCCAUGGAUCCACUGUCGGACCUGCAGGACGAGCUGCCGUUUGAAGACCCCAGUCAGGCCCUGAACCAGCUGAAGCUGGCCUCCAUCGACGAGAAGGACUGGCCCUCGGAUGAGCUGCCCGACUUCCCCAAGUCAGAUGACUCAAAGAGCAGCUCCCCAGACCCUGUCACUCACCUGAAAUGGGACGACCCCUACUACGACAUUGCCCGGCACCAGAUCGUGGAAGUGGCAGGGGAUGACAAGUAUGGACGGAAGAUCAUUGUGUUCAGUGCCUGUCGAAUGCCUCCCAGUCACCAGUUGGAUCACGUCAAACUCUUGGGGUACCUGAAACACACCCUGGACCAGUACGUGGAAAGCGAUUACACCCUCCUCUACCUGCACCACGGCCUGACCAGUGAGAACAAGCCCUCGCUCAGCUGGCUCCGUGAUGCCUACCGGGAGUUUGACCGCAAAUACAAGAAGAAUAUCAAGGCCCUGUACAUCGUGCACCCCACCAUGUUCAUCAAAACUUUGCUCAUCCUCUUCAAGCCCCUCAUCAGCUUCAAGUUUGGGCAGAAGAUCUUCUACGUGAACUAUCUGAGUGAACUGAGCGAGCACGUGAAGCUGGAGCAACUGGGCAUCCCUCGUCAAGUGCUCAAGUACGAUGACUUCCUCAGAUCGACACAGAAGGUCCCGUCAACAGCCCCCAAGCCCACCCCUCCACGGCCCCCCUUGCCCAACCAGCAGUUUGGCAUGUCGCUGCAGCACCUCCAGGAGAAGAGCGCUGAUCCCGAGCACAUCCCGGUGGUCCUCAGAGAGACCGUUGCCUAUCUGAGGGCACACGCUCUCACCACUGAGGGGAUUUUCCGGAGAUCAGCGAACAUCCAGGUUGUCCGUGAGGUGCAGCAGAAAUACAACAUGGGGCUGGCGGUGGACUUUGAACAGUACGAGGCCAUGCACCUGGCCGCCGUCAUCCUCAAGGCCUUCCUGCGGGAACUGCCCGAACCCCUGCUCACGUUCAACCUCUAUCCCUUUGUCGCGGGCUUCCUCAACAUAGAGGAGAGCCAGCGAGUGGAGGUGACACGCCAGGCCUUGCAGACGCUGCCCAAGGAGAACUACCGGGUGCUGCACUUCCUCAUGGUCUUUCUGGCCCAGGUGUCCUCCCAUAGUGAGCAGAACAUGAUGAACAACACUAACCUGGCGAUAGUCUUCGGCCCCAACCUUCUGUGGGCUAAGGACAUGGCGCUGACCCUCCAGGCCAUCAACCCCAUCAACAGCUUUACCAAGUUCCUGCUGGAUCAUCAGGAGGAGCUGCUCCCUGCGAGGGAGGGACCCUGAGCAGUCGCCUCGCCCUCCCCCUGCCCCUCCGCCUCUUGUCUCUGGGCUCACCCAACCCCGCCCUCCUCCCCUCCCGUCUCGCCGACCCCGCUCCCCUCUCCUUGGGGUCCCAGCCCGGGGGCUCUCGGCUGCCGCGAAGGUGGGUUGCUCAGCAGAAUGGGGGUUCUCGGGGAGCCCGGGGAAGGAGCAUUUCCUCCCGCCCGGGGAUGGUGACCCGCUCGGCCCAAGCCCGGCCGCCCAUCCCGGGCACGGCUGGUCCCUUGGGGCCAUUGCUCGUGCAAACGUUCCUUCUCUCACCAGCUGUAAUUACGUGCCACCCCUGCUCCUGAGCCAGGGACCUCCCUGGUACCUCUUCAGGGUCCGGGGACCCAGUCUCAGAAGCAGGAAAGAUGACAUCCGGUGGAAGAGUUGCCCUGAAAACCAACCCUCUUCUUCCUCCUGGCCGGGGACCCCUUCCCCAUCCCACCGUGGCCUCCAUCCCGCCAUUUCCUUGGUGACCGUGGAUGACGUCAACCGUGGCCCGAGGCCAUGGGUUGGUUGUGUCAUCUCCUCUUGCCAGGGAAAUGUUGAUCUCCCGGGAUUGGUUCCGAUGUGGGCGGGAGGUGGGAGGGCCUUUCCGAGGGAGGCUGUUCUUCUUGGAAGUUCCACCCCGUUCUUCCUGUCCGAGAAGCGCCCAACUGCCAGGUGGGGAAUGUCUGGACGGCCCUGUCCUCCCCAUCCCCGCAGUCCGGUCAGUCCCCGCUCGGGUCAGCCUCGAUACGGGGGCGACUCGUGAGGCCGGUUCACCUGGGGGACCAGUGGAGGGUUUAAGCCUUCUCAGCUCCUCAGGCAGAGGGGCAGUUUGGCAUUCCCUCGCCAAGGCAGGUGGUCCAAGGGAUCCCGCUGGGGCUUUGUCCUGUCUCUCUGUCCCUCACAUAUGCUCCCAGCUGCCACAGCCACGGGUCGUCUUUAUCCUUUCCCGGUUUUCUUCUCCCGCCCUCCUCCAUCCCCUUUGGGACCAGUGAAUUGGUAUCGAAGCCUCCCAGCUUUUGACCACUCUUCUCUCCUCCCCAGCUCAGGGUUCCCCUGCCCGAGGGGAGUGAGGAGGGAUGACGAUGUGUCCAAGUCCCGGGCAGGACCUGGGUGGAACCUCCGUGACUCUCGUGGGUCAGACCUGCCCGCAGGGUGGCCCGGGAGCGGAUCCCUUCUUGCCAAAUCUGCCCUUGGGAGUUCCGAGAGCUCUCCUUCAGCCGGGGCCUCCCCGCCUGGCGGGACGCUCCCAUGGCCACCGCUGUGCUCUCCAAUAGUCCCAACGGGGAGUUGUGGACUUUGCGGAGGGGCCCCCGACGGGCUUUCACGGAAUUCCUCCCUCCUCAGUCCUCCGUCCGGUUCCAUCCCUUCCCAGACACCGACAGGAAAGUGCCUGCCCCGUGCCACCCACCACCCUGCCCGAGAAAGGGCAGGAGUUGCCCGGCACUGUGGCCUUGCAUCCCUUUCUCUUGUCGUGGCCUUCUCUGACCCCCGUGGAGUGUUUCUGUGAUCUCCACACCCUGCUCUGCUGCCUCGGGGGAUGGAUCCCACCUGUGUCUCUUCUCUCGGGGGGCGCAGGCCCCCGCGUGCUGAAUCGUGGGGUUCAUCGGCCUCUAGCCAUACGACCAGACCUUUUCGCCCUCUCUCCCUGUUGGUAUACUCUGAGUAUUGCUUACGGCCCCUGUUUGUGGGGAAGCUUUUUGGAUUUGAUCUCGUCCCACCCCUCCCUUGCACCUCUCCAGGGUGUGGGUGGCCGGGUGGGCCAUCCCGAGAAUGCGUCGGGGGGCCGCCUCCCUCCUCCCUCCCCCCUUCCUGCUGGCCCCCACUGCCGAGGGGCUUGUACUGUGAAAAAAGUUCACACUCGUACUCAGCACCAGUUGUGUAUCUCACCGUUGGCACUUUUUGUAUUUCAAUAAAAAUGGAAGUGGGAAACCC